UAAGCAGAGCCUGCAGUACAAGCAUCUGUUCAAGAUGUUUCAGUUUAUGCUGCUUUUCAGCCGUCAAGGUAAACUUCGACUGCAGAAAUGGUACACGGCCUCUAGUCAGAAGGAGAAGAAAAAGAUCACACGGGAUUUGAUCACGACUGUUCUUGCUCGGAAACCGAAGAUGUGCAGUUUCCUUGAGUAUAAGGAUCUAAAAGUUGUAUACAAAAGAUACGCCAGCUUAUAUUUCUGUGUAGCAAUAGAGAAAGAUGAUAAUGAACUUCUCACACUGGAGAUAAUCCACAGAUAUGUUGAGCUUCUGGACAAAUAUUUUGGAAGUGUUUGUGAGCUGGAUAUCAUUUUUAAUUUUGAGAAGGCUUAUUUUAUGUUGGAUGAACUGAUUCUUGGAGGAGAGAUCCAAGAAACAAGCAAGAAAAAUGUCCUGAAAGCAAUAUCAGCCCAAGAUCUUCUUCAGGAGGAAGCAGAACUGCGCAGUGCUUUGGAGGAAAUGGGUCUUGCCUGAGUUCUUUCAUCUGUAAAAUCUCUACCUCUGAUACUUUUGUUCUACAGGAAGGUGAACUCCAGCGCACGCUGGAAGAAAUGGGUUUGGUCUGAACUGUCUUCUCUGCUGCUUAUUCAGCAUCUGGUCUAACUAUCUUCACUUCCACGAAUUCUUUUAUUACCAUGAUGGUGUGCCAGUCACAACAGAAGAUGCUAUGUAUCAUGUUUAAACCAUAGUUUACAGUCCAAUAUUAUUUAUAACCGUAUAUUAGCCAAAUUGUACUCUAAAAUUACAUUGUAAAACUAACAUUUUGUUUAAAAGGUUCUAUAUCAGUUUCUUUGGUCUAAAUGUACAGCAUAUUUCUUCUUUGAAUAUUAAUUAGUUAUAAUCUAGAAGUUUUCAAUCAAAUAUAGUUUGAAGUAUUUUUUUUAAUGUCUUAUGUUUCCUCUUUGCCUUUGUAAUGAAUACACCAUUCUAGGAACUGCCAUAACUGCAUUCUAAAUGUACCUCAAAGUUUUUUUUUUUCCUUUGCUCUAGAGUGCUUUUCUCUUAGACUAAAAUCAUCUUAAAUUUAUAGAGUUGAAACUAAUAUAAAAUGCAGAGUUAGAGAUAUUAUUUAAUUGACACGAAAUAUCAAUUAAUAGCAGGUUACUAAAAUUUGUGUUGUGUUUGAUAAUAAAUUACAUAUUUAUAAAACUCAAUAUAAGCCUCUUGACUCUUUAACUCCCA